UAUAAAGGCUUUGGCGGCAGCGCCGGUCCCGCACUGGGAGCGGCGGCGGCACCGGGCGGGAUGAGCGAGCGCAGCCCCCACGCCCCCCCCUCCUCGGCGGAGGCCCCCGGUGGGCAGCAGCAAGCAGCCAAAGCUGAGCCCAAGAAGGAGGAAGAGGAGGAGGAGGAGGAGAUCGACAUCGACCUGAGCGCGCCCGAGACGGAGCGCGCGGCUCUCGCCAUCCAGGGCCGCUUCCGCCGCUCCCGCCAGCGCCGCGAGGAGCCGCGGCCCUGAGGGACCCCCGGGACCCCCGAGGGGACCCCCGAGCCCCGUGGGGACCCCCGGGACAGCUCCCGGGGGGGGGCUCGGCCCUUCCCUGCCCAGUGAGGGGACAGCGAGUGACACGGGGGGGGGGGACACAGCCCGGUGUCCCCAAGGGGAGGUGGCCCUGGGGAGGGGGCGGCGUGGAGCCCCCCGCUUUCCUGGGACCCCCGUUUUCCAUGGGAACCCCAAUUUUCCUGGGAAUUCCCCAUUUUCCUGGGAAUUCCCCAUUUAUUUCCCUGCCCUGUGGUGGCGUUGGGGACACACCGAGGGGGGGGGGGGACACAAACGAGGGACACGCCCGAUGUCCCCACCCCACCCCAACCCAGGGCUGGUUGGGGACGGGUCCCGCUGCAGCCCCCAGCCCAGGAAAUCGGGGCUCCCCAUCCUCCUGUCAUUGUCACCGCCCCCUCCCCACAUUUCUGUCACUGUCACCGCCCCCUCCCCACCCUCCUGUGACUGUCACUGUCAUUGUCACUGUCCCCCCCAACCCCGAGGGGCUUUUGCGCAAAGAAUAAAG